CGCUAAAGAGAGAACUACUUAGCAGCGAGUCCAGAGAAGAAACAUCGCGCGGAGGGAAAUCACGCUGCUGCUUUUUCGAGCAUAACAUUUAGGGACGACAUGAAAUACUGCCCAGCUCUGCGAUUCAGAAGCGCCAUUAAAAACGGAGUUAAAUACGGCUGAUUGCUAUCACGCUUUUUGAGAGGUAUUCCAGCAUAAGUGACUUUUUGCUUAAAAAUGGCCGUUCGCAGCAACUCGUUGGUGCCAUUCUCAAUUCAAGCAAUACUGAACAAGAAGGAGGAUUGUCGUCACAUAAAAGAUUUGGACGUAUGCUUUCCCAAGGCUGCUUGUUGGAAAAUAUUUGGGGAAACGGACGCUUCGCCAGAGGAGAUGUCUUCACCGUGUAAAAGCGACGAGGGAGCGUGCAUCAUGGUCAACCGUAAAAGUUAUGAUUCUGACUCGGGUCUGAGCGAGGAUAACGACAGCAAGGCGCUGUCCACAUGCAAGACAGAAGUGGAUCGGGAUGGACCAUCUUCAGACGCGCUGGAAGAAAGCUUCCAGGACGAAACGGACCACGAAUCCACAGCAGUGGACAACGUUAAGAGUCUUAGCGACUGUGAACUUUCUGCCAACAUCUCGGAUUCCAAUAACUUGGAUGAGGCAGGGUGUGAGAAAAACCCAGAUCUACCCAAACAGCGGAAAAAGCGUUCCAGGGCCGCCUUCUCCCACGCGCAGGUUUUCGAGCUGGAAAGGCGGUUCAACCACCAGCGAUACUUAUCUGGACCCGAGAGAGCAGACCUGGCCGCCUCCCUGAAGCUCACAGAGACUCAAGUCAAAAUUUGGUUUCAGAACCGCCGGUACAAAACAAAACGCCGUCAAAUGGCUGCCGACCUUUUGGCCUCGGCACCGGCGGCGAAGAAAGUGGCAGUGAAAGUUUUAGUACGGGACGACCAGAGACAAUACAACCCCGGAGAGCUGCUGCGGCCUCCACUCCUUUCUCUGCAACCUUCAUAUUAUUACCCAUACGCAUACUGCUUGCCAGCGUGGACACUCUCGGCUUGUGCUGGAAACCAGUGAGACAAAUCAUCACCCAGUAUUUAUUUGAAAGCACGAACUAACACCGUUUGAUUGUGAAAAAUAACUCUCCAAGAAGAGGAGACCGAACUACAAGAGAAGCCAUGUCGGCGCUGCCAUAAGGACAGUUGUGAUGGCUGUAUUAAUAUCUUUCCAGUGGUUGUGCAGAGCGCGUUUGGCUGGUGAUCUUGACCCUCAUAGGCAGAUAAUUGAGAAUGUAUGGAAUGCUAUUGGUUAAUCGCUCGAUAGGGGUCUGACACCCCUGGGUUCCUAAAGACACCAGUUUUUUUCAGUGAAGCUGGGAAUAGAACUGUUUGCUGUCUCCUGUGAUGGGGGGUAUAACGGUAAGAUUUCCCGGCACUUUCCCCCUCACACAGUGUGUUACUCCUCUGACCAGUGGCCUCAUGAGUUUUAAGUGUUUUUGUUUAAUUUGUUUAUCUGUACGUGAGCCGUGGCAUUACUAGGAAUUUUGGAGCGUUUUAUCAAAAUGUAUUUGUUUCCUAAUAGCUCUCGGUUGUUUUGUUUAUUGAGAAA